UUGAUCAUCUCAAAACUGUUUCGCUAGUGGAGGUAGAGUUCCAUGGUAUGAAGAGGAAAGAACUACAAGCCAUGUGCAAAAAGCAUGGACUCCCUGCAAAUCUGAAAAAAAUCGAGAUGGCUUAUAGUCUCACUUCUCUUCUCGAGGAUGGAAAGAAUAUGUAUGAGGAUACUACUGACAAGAAAGCUCAAAUGGUUGAGGCUGUUCUUGUUCAAAAAGAGUUAGCUGCCGCAGAAUAUGAUGGUUAUUGCCAAGGCGACCUUGUCAAGGUUACGUUAUCAGGUAACCAGGUGCUAAUCCGUACUGAUAUAACUGAGGCAGCAAUGGAGUUAGGCUCUGAGAAACUUUCACUGCUGGUGACGGAAGCGUACAAGCAUGCAUACGCAAAGAGUGUUGUUGCGGAGGAGGAAGAGAAUGCCGUUGGUAGCAUAAAGGUUAAGAAAGUAAGGUUUAGCCCUGAGUCUGAGAACCAAGUCUUCGAAUUCACUCGCUCUGUUAAGAAACUUCCUAGGCGUAAGGUUGCUAGAAGGUGGUGUAGUAGCCAAGGUGGUGAAAGUAUAGUAGAGCUGAGGCGGUCGAAGCGAACUCUGUCCAAGGGGAUGACAGUAACUGUGUCAGACUCAGUAAGUGGGAUUACUGAGGCUGAGGAUGGACCAUGCAGUAGUUUGGUUGAAGUGCAUAACGUCCCAAGGCGGUCAAUACGACUUGUGAACAAAAAGUAGAUGAUGAUAUAAAAUUUACUUCUCAGCUAACUUUUGUCUUUGUAUCUAGAACAUGCAGCUUCUCACUGGUUUUUAUUUCUUUUUUGGGGGUCAUGAGAAGUAUAAUCGGGUAACGUAUUUCUCUUGUAACCAUUCUCAUUUGGUAAUAUGAGAUUAACAUUAGACAUACAUGUUAUGUGCACACAUGCAU